AUGCUGUUUUCCAGAUGUGGUGAUGAAUGUGUACUUCGGAGUUUUCCGUGCUUAUCAUUAGAGCAAUCACCUUCAGUGGUGCCAUUGCCUGGCAUUCUUUACAAGAUAACAUUUGGUCGGUCAGAUGCUGAAAAUAUACUUGGAUAUUUCAAAAGCUCUAAACAUUACCAAAAACAUUUUCUUUUAGCAGAUGUAAAAGCUUGGAAUAAGCAGAAUUUUGAUACCGCAAAUAAAGAGACUAUCGAAUCCUUAGAAACAUUCGGACGUACUUUUGAUCCUCCGAAUGAUGACAAGGGGCUAUACAUUUGUCUUAUUCCAGCCAAGAGCAAAGACAACCAUAUCGGUUGUAUAUCGAAGGUGGUUGGUGUUUUAACAGAAGAGAAGGUUGUCACAAUAUCGUUCAAAACAUUCUGCAGAGCGAUUGUCAAAACACCAUCCUCAAAACCCAAAUGCCAAGUAUGGUCAAGCGAACUCUCUCUGGAUAGUGUUCAAAGAAUGGUGAAAAGUUGUGGAAAUGAGCAAAUGAAGAGAUUGAUCGCAGAAUUCAUCGAGGUGCUUGGUACUACUGACAAUUUUAUUAACUCAUUUAAAAAGAAAUAUGAAAUACUGCUUGAUAAAACUUCAGGGGACCAUUUGCUGCUACUCUCCCCUUUGUCAAAUACACUUUAUUUUCAGCUAAAUAAGGCGCAGUUCAAUAAAGCUUGGAGUACGUUACUUGGUCUUAUCACAGAACUCACGGAGUCAAUGGAUGAAGCGCCAAUAAAUGCCAAUUUGAUGCAGAUCCUAAAACUUAUGGACCUAACAGUGACAGUACUGCCUACAUCAACGACGCAGAAACUUGAUUUUUUAUCAAGUUUCUCUUUGAUCGAAAGAUGUGAGAUUUUCAAAACUAUAAUGGAUGAUUUCAAACAAGUUUUUAAGCAUCUAUAUUCUUCUACAGAAUAUGUUCAGGCACACUUUUCUCAGGCGUCUAACCUGGAAAAAUCCAGAUUAAUUGCAAAUCAGCUAAAGUCUCUCAGAUUUUUCAUUGAAGAUGUCAAAGCACAAAAUAGAAGUAGAAUACCAAUGGCUGCAUCUAAGGUUAAAUCGAUGAUAUCAAUUGAUGGAAAAGAACGAAAAUCGCCGCCCGCUCAGGGAGAUGAGAGUGAUCCAGAAGAUGAUCUCAGUGGUGAUGAAAAUGAUGAAAUGACAACAUUAAGGGACUUCAUAAAAAAUUUAAACAAAUUGGGAGUCCAUCGUGACGGUAUUAAACUUUUAAGGAAAGAUUUUAAGAUAUUCUUAUCGACAAAUCCACAAAAUGCGGAGUACCAGGUGUUGAGAAAUUACUUUGAUGUUGUUAAUGACAUACCAUUUGGGAAAUAUACUAAUCGUGCUUCUAUAAAUCUAGAGGAGGCACGUCAGAAACUGGAUAAUGAUCAUUUUGGUUUAAACAGUGUCAAGAAUAGACUCAUCGAAUAUCUAUGUACUUUGAAACUGAGCGAGCAGCUAAAGAAAAGGGGAGAAUCGAGGAAAAGCCCCAUUCUACUAUUGGUUGGACCGCCAGGAGUUGGUAAAACUUCAAUUGCAAAAUCAGUGGCAGAUAUGUUAAAUUUGAAAUUUCAAAGAAUUUCACUAGGCGGUGUCCAUAAUGAAGCUGAGAUAAGAGGCCAUAGAAGGACUUAUGUAGGUGCAAUGUGUGGUAUAAUAAUAAAUGCAUUGAAGAAAAGUGGCUGCAUGAAUCCCCUAAUUUUGUUGGAUGAAGUUGACAAACUUCUAAGCACUACCGGAAGCGGUUCUGGAUACGGAUUCAAACUGAAUGGGGAUCCAGGUGCCGCAUUAUUAGAGGUGUUAGAUCCAGAACAGAAUAAUACUUUUAUGGAUCAUUACGUUGGGUUUCCCGUAGAUCUUUCCCAAGUAUUGUUCUUAUGUACUGCCAACGAUCUCGCUGGCAUAUCCGGGCCUUUACUGGAUCGUUUGGAAGUGAUAGAAAUUCCUGGUUACACUCCAGAAGAAAAGGUAAAAAUUGGAUCCAAGUUUCUCUUGCCCAAACAGAUCAGAAUCAACGGUCUCGACAAAUGCGAAAGAUGUUUCACACUUUCAAACCAGGCCUGGUAUUCCCUAGUCACUGAGUAUGUUAGAGAAUCAGGGGUCCGCAAUUUGGAAAGAAAGUUGGCUACAAUAGUGCGUGGCAAAGUCGUCGAAUACGUCAAGGAAGAAGAUCACCAACGUACUAAUGAUCAACAAAUUGUAACAAAAAAUGAGAUGUUUAAAUAUUUGGGAUUUCCAUUACAUCCAAUUGCUACAGAGCUUCUGAGAAAUGUAAAGAUGGCAGAGAAAGAAGGCAUAGUAAACGGCCUUUCAUACAGCUCUGAUGGUACAGGUAAUGUAUUAGUAUUUGAGAUAAUAAAAACUGGUAGCGUUGAUAAAUCGCAAGGCCCAGUCACAACUGCAACAGGCAACCUGGGUACCGUCCUGCAGGAGUCCAUUGACAUCGGUUGCAGCUUGGUUAAAUCAAUAUUAAGAAGGGGGUUGAUUGUCGGAGAAGACUGCCAGAUAACCAAUGAGUUUUUUUCAAGUAAGUACCAUCUUCAUGUGCCUAUGGGUGCAAUCUCAAAGGACGGUCCCAGUGCAGGAACUGCCAUAACUUUGGCGCUUAUGUCUCUGGCCCUUAGGAGACCCGUCGAUCCCCUACUCUGCAUGACGGGUGAGAUCACCUUGAGAGGUAAAAUCUUACCCAUAGGAGGCGUCAAAGAGAAACUUCUAGGUGCCCAAAUGUACGGUAUGAAGCGCGUCCUUUUGCCUAUAGCCAACAAACAAGACGUUAUCCAGGCAGUAGCAGACUCCGUCGCACCUUUCAUAGAGGAUAAAACAUCUCAAGAUGAGAUCAGUCUAGUUCAAGAGAAGAUGAAUCUCUCUGUCGCAUACGUUAGUGACAUUUACGAUGUCCUACGAUACGCCUGGCCCGAUAUAACCUUUCAUGCCGAGGUGCCGGUCGAACAAAAUCACCAAUGCCUUAGCAAGAUGUAA